AUGACGAACUUGAAACGUGACUUGAGAAACAUUGAUUUCAAGCACAUUAACAAUUAUAGUCUGCAAAUUAACCGAUGGUGCCUAAAACCGAUAGGUGCUUGGCCCAUAACAAGCACGUCGAGUACAUUAGAAAAAAUUGUCGCGAUAGUAUUGAUCAUCUUUUGUUCACUUACAAUAGCAAUCGUUACGGUGCCAUGUAUACUGUACGUAAUAUUGGAGGAUCAAACUAUCACGGCAAAAAUAGGCGCCUUUGGGCCAUUGUUUCAUAGGAUUAUGGGUUCGAUAAGUUAUUGGACGUUGCUCAAACGCAGCCACGACAUUCACAAUUGCAUACAGCACAUGGAGAUGGAUUGGCAGUUUAUACAAAGAAUCGGAGAUCGUGAAACGAUGCUGCAAUACGCUAAGUUCGGACGUUUUCUCGCCGGAAUUAGUGCGGCGAUCACGCAGGGCGGUCAGCUGCUCUUCGGCACCGCAAGAGCAAUAAAGACUAUGACCAUCAUGGUCGGUAACGAGACUUUUAAAACACGUCCAAUGACAUGUCCGACAUACAGUAAGAUUCUCGAUACGAGAUUCAGCCCUAUAAACGAAAUUAUGCUGACUAUACAAUUCGUGUCGGCAUUUGUAGUAAGUUCCGCAAUAGUGAGUGUUUGCAGCCUCGCUGGAGUUUUCGCGAUGCAUGCCUGCGGCCAACUCAACGUAUUGUAUGCGUGGUUGAACGAACUCGUAAUUGAUUACGAAGAGAAGGGAAAUCAAUCAGUCGAGCAAAAAUUGGCUGCUAUUGUGCAGCAUCAUUUGAGAGCAUUAAGUUUAAUAGCAUUAAUAACGGCACCAUGUGUGUUAUAUGUAUUAUUUGAAAAAGUGAACAUCAAGCAAAGAUUGAACGUAAUUGGACCACUGCUUCACAGGCUUAUGGGCAUGAUAAAUUACUGGGUGUUGUUAAAGCGCAGCGGCGAUAUUCACAAACUAAUACGACACAUGGAGACAGAUUGGAAUCUCGCACAAAGAAUAGACGAACAUGAACUGAUGUUGCAAUAUGCCAAAUUCGGUCGUUCCGUCUCUAUAAUCUGUGGACUAAUUAUGCAAGGCGGUACGUUUCUGUUCAGUUUAACAAGAGCAUUGAAAACUACAACCAUCAUCGUCGGCAACGAAACUUUUACGACGUAUCCCAUGACCUGUCCGGUUUAUAGCAAGAUCAUCGACACGAGAUUUAGCCCUGUGAAUGAAAUCGCGUUGGUUCUGCAGUUUAUGUCAACAUUUGUACUGAGUUCUUCUACUGUCGGUGCUUGCAGUCUGGCUGCUGUCUUCGCGAUACAUGCUUGUGGUCAGCUGAAUGUGCUGUCUAUAUGGUUACAUGAACUUGUUCAAAAUCAGGAAAAGAAAAAUCAUAUAACUCAAAAAAAACUGGCCCUUAUUGUGGAACAUCAUCUGAGAGUAUUGAGUUUUAUAUCAUGCGUGGAAAGUAUUAUGCAUAAAGUUUCUCUUGCGGAAUUAAUGGGAUGCACGACAAGUAUGUGCCUACUUGGAUAUUACACUAUUAUGGCUUGGGAGACGCUCGAUACAGCAAAACUAACAUCUUACUUCAUUGUAUAUUUAUCAAUGGGUUUCAAUAUUUUUAUAUUUUGCUACAUCGGAGAGAUUAUCACAGAACAGUGCAAAUAUGUUGGGGAAGUAACAUACAUGACUGAUUGGUAUAAUCUACAUCACAAAACUGCACGUGACCUCAUUUUGAUCAUUGCUCGAUCGAGUAAUGUGAUUAAGAUCACUGCAGGAAAGUUAUUCCAUUUAUCUAUUGCAACUUUUGGUGAUGUAAUUAAAACUUCCAUAGCGUAUUUAAAUCUCUUGCGAACAAUGACUAUGUAAAAAAUAAUAGUGUGAAACAUAAGUUAAGAAAUAU